AUGCCUUCGAUGGUCAUUCUCGGUCUGCGGGCCGUUCAGCUCCUUUUCGGCUUUAUUGUCUUGGGACUGUCUGCCUAUGUUGCCCACUGGUACAAUGCCGAUACCCUGACUGCCUCGCCGUCGCAGAUUGACUGGCUACUAUUCUGCUCCCUCUUCACCAUUUUGUCGGUCGUCUACCUCGAAGUUGCGCCGAGAGCCAUGCCAAAGAUUGUCCACCCCAUGGCCGUUGUUGCUGUGGAACUGCUCAACGCUCUCUUCUACUUUGCCGGCUUCAUUGCCCUCUCCGUCUUCAUCAGCAAGCUCCUCUUCUGCCGCGGAAGCGUGUGCGGCUCAGCCCGCGCCGACGUGGCCUUUGGUGCCAUGGAGUUUCUGGCCUGGACCGGCACGGCCGUCUUCUCCGUCCGCGAUGCCAUGAAGGGGGGGUUCAACUUGCGCCGCCGCGGCGGUGCCAGCAGCUCAGCCCCCGUCGGCGGCUCGCAAAUGAAGGAGGCCCAGCUGCCCUAA